GGGGCGGUGACGCACACACUUCCGCGGGGGCGGGGCACGCUGCUGCCGGGCCGGGCCGGGCAGGGCCGGGCCGUUGGACUCACGUGCUAGAGAUGAUGUGGGAGCUGCUGGUUGCUCUGGGUCGGCUCCGGCCCCGGCUGGGGCCCCGGUGGGAAGCAGCCCGACGCGGGGCCUCCGCGGCCUCCUCGUCCUCCCGCCCCGCGGCAGGCGGCGCCGGGGUCCGGGCGCUGGUCUAUGCGCAGCACGGGGAGCCGGUCAAGGUCGUGGAACUGAAGAACCUGGAGCUAAGGCCUCUGGGCAAAUCCGAUGUCCGGAUGAAGAUGCUGGCAGCCCCUGUCAAUCCAGCUGACAUAAAUAUGAUCCAAGGGAGCUACGGCAUCCUUUCCGAGCUGCCCGCUGUCGGAGGGAAUGAAGGGGUCGGCCAGGUGGUAGAAGCGGGCGGUGCGGUGACGGGAGUAAAACCUGGGGACUGGGUGAUCCCAGCUGACCCCGGUUUCGGAACCUGGCGGACUGAGGCUGUAGUCAGCGGAGAGUCCGUGAUCAAGAUCCCAAGCGACAUUCCCCUGCUUUGUGCAGCCACCCUGAGCAUAAACCCCUGCACUGCAUAUAGGAUGCUGUCGGACUUCGAGCAGCUGCGACCAGGAGACUCUGUCAUCCAGAACGCAGCCAACAGUGGAGUGGGGCAAGCAGUCAUUCAGAUUGCCGCAGCCUUGGGCCUGAGGACCAUCAACAUUGUCCGAGACAGGCCAGAUCUCCAGAAGCUGACAGACAGACUGAAGAGCCUGGGGGCCGACCAUGUCUUCACAGAGGAGGCCAUGAGAAAGCCAGAGAUGAAAGACUUCUUCAAGAACUUUCCUCGGCCUCAACUUGCACUCAACUCUGUCGGUGGGAAGAGCUCCACAGAACUGAUACGACACCUGGGGCACGGCGGCACCAUGGUGACCUAUGGAGGGAUGGCCAAGCAGCCGGUCACAGCCUCAGUGAGCUCAUUCAUUUUUAAGGACAUCAAGCUCCGGGGCUUCUGGAUGUCUCAGUGGAAGAAAGACCACGGUACAGACAAGUUCAAGGAGUUGAUCCUCACCCUGUGUGACUUCAUCCGCCGAGGGCAGCUCACGGCUCCGACCUGCUCUGAGGUCCCCCUGCAGGAUUACCGGGUAGCUCUGGAGGCCUCCAUGAAGCCCUUCAUUUCCUCAAAGCAGAUUUUCACCAUGCAGUGAGCCAGGAGGAUGAGUAACUGGGCAUCAUGAACCAGUGGUAGAGGGUGCAGCAGGCCCUUCAUCUCCUGUAUCAGCCCUUGGCCACGUGCUGUCUCUGCCACAGCCUCUCUCUGGAACAGUGCUGCCCCCCAAGGCGGGCCUGAUUCUGAGAUCAGGAAACAGAGGCCUUUACGCCAUCUCCUGGGCACCAGCCCUGGGCUUCACUAAUAAAGUGUGAUUGCCAGCGUCUUAAACAGGAAGCAGUCCUUUCCCGCUGGGUAGCAGGGUGCUGACUAUUUGGAGGCAUCCACAUGAUCUCACUUUGCCUUUCCCCACUUACUGCCCAGCAUGGAGAGUCUUAAAAGUACCAGAAGUUUGGCCUGCAGGGGAGGGUGCCACGUGACCCAGCUCUGAGCUUUAUGGUUAGGAGCAAGGUGGGCAUAUGACCUAUGGGGGCUGUAUAUGAUAUGCUGAGGGCUAGGACAUAAUCCUGGAAGCCAGAGGUGGUCAGGCCUCAGUAUAUAUGUCCUCUAGAUGCUGGUCCACCCUCUGGAAGAGGAUGGAUAGGUUGAAAGUUAGGGAUUAGAGUUCCCUGCCUCAGUCUUGAUGGGGAGAGCAGAGUGUCUCUAGGUCUACUCCAUCUCCCAACACCUUCCUUGACUUUAUAACAUCAUAAUCUUUGUGGCCUCUCUCCUCAGACUCAGGGCUGCCUGGUUAGACUGGAGGUGAAGAGAACAGUUAGAACUCACUGGGGUAUGGGCAGUAGGUAUGGGAAGGAACGGAGACUGAGGUAGAAUUGACAGGUCUUGUAGAACACUGAAUAUUAUCAGGUGGCAUGGGAGGGAAAGUAAGUUAAUAACUAGAAAGUCAAAUCAAAGAAGCAGAUUUGGGGAGAAAGAUGAUGAAUUUGGUUUGGGACAUUUGGUGUUUGAAGUGUUGAUGAGACAUCCAGCUGGAGCUGCCCAUUAGACCCUUGGGAAUGUAAGGCAAGACUAUGGGAGGGUGACCAGAGCUGGAAUGUUGAUUUUGAGUCAGCUCCAUAGUGGAAACCUCAGGAGCAGAUAAGAGCCAAGGGGAAGGGGUAGAAAGGAAAGAAGGUCAGAGAAGCUUUUAUAAGAUCCAAGCACUUCUCCAGCCAGAGCAUAGGAUUCCAGCAUUCCAUGAAGCUUUAAUGAGAUUUCUGCAAGAAUUCCAGUGGUAUUUUCCCCUCUAAAACUUCCAAACCUGGAAUGAUGGAAUGAUGCAUGUAUCCAAAUGCCCAUUGCAUAUGGCAGUUUGCAGAACACAAUCAGCUGGAUUUCCUCUCAUUUCUCUUUACGUUUGCCCUGACUAGGGUUUAAUCCUUUUCCUUUUGUGACAGUCUGGAGAAGCCUAUGGAUCCCUUCAUGAAAUUACAAAGGAAACCAAUUAUACUCAAGUAUAAUUAUCAGAAUACUUAAAAAAAAAUCACAGAGCCCAAGUUAAGCCCUCCUAUCCUAAAGCCACUCCCCAUCUUCCAGACAAGCAUUUAUUUAGAGACCAACACAUUUCAAGCCUUGAGUUGUUUCAUGGCCAAAUUAGAUUAGUUCAGGAAUCAGCCUAUGUCUAGGGAACCAAAAUGAAAGAUCAGAAAAGUUAGAGACAUUUGAGAAGUAGGAGAAAGUGACGUCACAAACAAAGGAUGGGAUGUUUGGUGGAAUAGAAAUGCUGUCAGGAGGGCAUGGGGAAUGGAGACUGAGCCAUUGCGUUUGACAAUGGGGUUGUCAUUCCUGAAGAUGGAAACCAGCUUGCCUGAGUUUGAGGAGUGAGUGGGUGUUCAGAACAUACAGAAAGCGAGCAAAAAGAUUUUUUUAAACUUACCGGCAGUUCACGAAGGGGAGGUGAGAUUUAAGAUACUGCUUGAGAGGGUAGUAGGAUCAGACGAAAGUGGGUAUGGUUUUGUUUUCAAAUGAAAAAUGUGUGUGUGUGUGUGUGUGUGUGUGUGUGUGUGUGUGUGUGUAGCCCACAGGAGACAAAUUGAAAGAGAUGAUAAAUGAAGUUGUCACUCAUUUCAUUCAGCCAGCAUUUGUUAAUCAAAGCCUCUCCAGAGUAAUUUUGGACAGAGGAAAGAGAUGACUCCCAGGAAAGGCUUUGUGUUAGGUAGCUGAGCCUUGAAGGAUGCUAGGAAAUCUACGAGGCAGAGGUGAGAAUGGAGUGUGGUCCAGGUAUGAGGUUUAGCCGGGGCAAAAGGGGAGAGAUGGGAGGUGAAAUGUGGUAUGUGGGGGAACAGCAGGGACACCAGUUUGGCUGGAUCCUAAAAUGCAUGAGGGGAAAGAUUAUGAAGGCUGUAAAAACAGACUGCAGCCAGAUGGUGAAAGGCUUUUCAUGCCAGGCUGAGGCACUAGGGAGCCCCUGAAGCUUCUUGAGCAGGGGGACAAAAUGCUUAGGCAGUUCAGGAAUGGAAAUUGAGAAUUCAAACCACUUGUUGCCCAGGACUGAGGAUGAACAAAGCUUGAACAGAAGAAAGUUGGGGAUGGGAAGACAGAGGAAGGAAAGAGAGGGCUGAUUUGAGGGUGGUAGUGAGCGAGUUGAAGGGUCUGGUUCUGGAUCCCAGGCUGGAUAGGGAGGGAAAUGGAAAUAAAACUGAUUUGAGAGCCUGGUCAACUGGGGAGCAAAGAUCAGGAGAUUAUAAUGAGGCGAAACAAGAUUGGGAAGCAGUGGGAGAGCUGGGAGGACAAUAUAUUGUGUUCUGAAUUAUUGUCAUAAAAAUAGCGAGCAUCUAUAGAAUGCUUUAAGGUUUGCAAAGCCCUCUCCAUGUCCUCUCAAUCCUCACAACAGUCCUGUGACGUCAGAGCUAUUAUCUCCAUUUGACAGAUGAGGAAACUGAGGCUGAGAGGUUAAGUGACUUGCCCUGGGUCACACAACUAAUUAAGUUUGUGUGGCACCACUUGAACUUGAGCCAUCCUGACUUCAAACCCAGCAUGGUAUACACUGUGCCACCUAGGUGAGUUGAAAAUCAUAAAUCUAAAGGUGGAUAGGACUUUAGAGGUCACCUUCCUUAGGUCAGACUCCCUAAAUAUACAAAUAAGGAAACAGAUCCACCAAGGUUAAGCCAAAAAUCAUACCGGGUAGAGAGUCCCUCGUUCCUCCCAGAGACACCUAGUACCAGCCUGUGGUUUGGAUUUUCCCUGAAGGAUUAACGUCCUUGAAGAGCUGCUGAGCAGGUAUUCCUCUCCCUGUCAGACCUGUACUUCUGAGUCAUCCUCCAACGAGGAUACUUACUAUACAGGAGCUAUGAGGGCAUCCUUUUUUCUUUCCUUCACAAAAUAUGUACUAGGAAAUGCCCUCCUCUCUCUAGGUCCAAUUUUUGAAUGCUUGAACUUGAGCCAAAUGGGUACGACCCUGUUUCUGCUGUGAGCUUCUGCAGGAACACUCUGUGCUCCAAUGGGUACUUUCCCUCCAGCUAAGAAAAUCCACCCUCAGGAAUACAAGUUUCCAAUCCAUGCUCAGCAGCAGAUCUUGAACAUUUCCCAAAGGAUGGAGAAUCCAAAGUAUGGCCAUGCCAGAUGGGUGGGCAUAAUGGGGUGAAGAUGGGGUGAAGGUCACUGGAGUUAGGAAGCCCAGAAAUGGUGAGAGCAAGGUGUUUGAGAAGUUCAUUAACAUAGUGCAUUGAGGUUCCUGAGGGUGCUGGCAGAAGGGAGACGGUAGGGAAGGCAAAGAAUGUCCCAGUGAUUGGGCCCUGGCGGCAAUGGGAGAAAGAUGCAUCUAAGUGGCUUGUUCCCUAAAAUAAUUAAACUUGCACUUGGCUCGCAGAGGGUUGUUUCUACUACAACCAAUUAGGUAGAAGGAACAUGGAGAUAGAUUUUGAGCCCAUAAUUAGGGAAAAGUGCCAAAAAGAAAGAGGCAGUUUAUCUUGGUCAGUAGAGUGCUGGGCUUAGAAUCAGGAAGCCCUGGCCUCAUAUCUCACUACUAACACCAGCUGGGUGAUCAUGUGUAACAAGUCUGUCUCUCUGUCUCAGUUUCCUUCUCUGUAAAAUGAGGUAUUCCAUAAUACCCAUUAUGCCCACCUCACAGAGUUGUUUUGAAAAUCAAAUAAGAUAAUGUCUCUAAAGUAUUAUAUAAAUAUCAAUUAUAAACCAUCAGAGCUUUCCAGAAGUGGAAUGAGCUACCUCGUGAGAUACCAAGUUUGCCAUCCCUGGAGAUGUUUAUAUAGAGAAGCAGGAUUGUCAGGAAUGUUGUAGAUGGGGGUCCUGCUUGGUUGUGGAUUGGGCCAGAUGAUUUAAGAAGAGAUUGGGAUUAACAGAUGCAAACAGUGCUCUGUCCCCCUGACCUCUUCCUUCAAACCCCAGGGUAAUUGAGGCAGGGAGAAAGGCACAGAUUAUCCCCAGGCCAUCAGGAUGGCUGCUAACCCAGGUUGAGUUGGGACUAGGUGAGAAAUUUUCAGGAGUUAGUUAACUUUGUAUCUGAGGCUGCCCCCUGCCCCUUUUCAGAAUCUCUUCUUCCUUCCUCUGGGCAAGCCUCUCAGAUCGAAAGGAAUAAAGGCAGUGUGGAACCAUGAAAAAAAAACGCUAAAUCCAGAGUCCGAAAACCUAGGUUCAAAUAUUACCUGUGAUCUUAGGAGGCCCUCAGCCUCUCUGGGCCUCUAUAAAACAAGGAAAUUGGACUAAGUAGCUUUUAAGGGCCCUUCCAGCACUAGAUUCAUGAUCCUGUGAAACUGGCUAUGGGGUUCCAGGUGUCAUGACAAAUGGGAGAGGGGUCAAGGUAGCCUUAGCCUGGGAAGGCCUGCCCCUUCAGAUUUGCCCUCAGCAAAACAGGUUAAGGGAGGUGAGGGGUGGCAAUAGCACACAAGGGAACUCCUCUUCAGCAGGGGCCUGGCCCACGUGGCUCCGUCAGCCAGCUCUUCAUUGACUGUACUGGCCACUUUGAAACCUGACCGUUCUUCCACCUGAAAUAAGGGACCACCUUCCCCCAUGUACCCAUCAACUCCUACCCUACUGAGAUUUACAGUACCUUAGGUAAAUAAAGUACUGUUCCAUUUGCAAAGCA